AGGCGGUGACUGACUGUGCCUCAGAGGCCAGGAAAAUUUGCGUGGAAAAUGAGGAUGCUUUCACUUGCAGAUAAAGCAUAAGUAGUAAGGAAGGGAGAAAGUCUCAGCCAAAGGGAAGGGCAGGUGCUAAGGCACUGGGGUGAGCCUGUUCAGAAUAAGUGGUUCUCUGUCAUGAUGGGCACAUAGCUUGUCUUGCUAGUGAAGGAUCUCGUCAAAGUUAGUUUAGAGAGCUUUCUCUGGGACAUGGUAAAAGGCAGCCUGGAAUGAAGUACUAGCGGCAGUCAGGCCAGUGAGUGGAGCUGGUAACAGAGCAGGUAGGUAGACCUGCAUUUGGUUACUGGUCACAGAAAUGGAGAGUGAGAGAUAUUUCAGACAGGAUGCCCUAGUGGCAGACCCCUAAGUCCUCGAACUUCAGGGCAGAACUGCCUGUGUGGGAACUCUCCCAUGUCUCCUUGAUUUCACGGCCACCUCUGCUGGCGCCAUCUCUCGUCUCCGCCGCCUGCUCCCGCCUCCUUUCUCGGGAAGCUUGGGUCUCCCUGGGAGCGGGUCUGCCCUUAGGGGGAGGCCUCUGGGCUCUGUGCCCUGCAGCUCGGCAGACAUUCGGGGCGGACAGAAACGGGGCUUGGCGCCCCCCGCGUGCACGUGUGCUAACCCAGGCAGGAGGGAGCGCCUCGGCGGAGGAGUCAAGGAAGAGGGGGAGGGAGAAACGCGCCAGAACCUCGGUCCCGGGCGCCCUGGUCGGCCGCGGAGGAGCUGCAGCCUCCAACAGGAAGGUGUGGUCCCUGCCAUGCUAUCUGCUCUGCUCAGCGACUGAAGGCGCCUGCAUCCCAGCUCUGCCAGGAAGCAAAGGUUGUCACAUCUUCCCGAGCCAGGCCAGCCAGGAGCGCUGCAUGCAAAUCCUGCCGUGGGCUAGGGCACGCUAACCAGAGCCGGCGGCAUGGACUUCGUCAUGAAGCAGGCCCUUGGAGGGGCCACCAAGGACAUGGGGAAGAUGCUGGGGGGAGAGGAGGAGAAGGACCCUGACGCGCAGAAAAAGGAGGAGGAGCGGCAGGAGGCCCUGCGGCAGCAGGAGGAGGAGCGCAAGGCCAAGCACGCGCGCAUGGAGGCGGAGCGAGAGAAGGUCCGGCAGCAGAUCCGAGAUAAGUAUGGGCUGAAGAAGAAGGAGGAGAAGGAAGCAGAGGAGAAAGCAGCCCUGGAGCAGCCCUGCGAGGGGAGCCUGACCCGGCCCAAGAAGGCCAUCCCUGCGGGCUGCGGGGACGAGGAGGAGGAGGAAGAGGAGAGCAUCCUGGACACGGUGCUCAAAUACCUGCCCGGGCCGCUGCAGGACAUGUUCAAGAAGUAACCAGGCCUCCUGCCCCAGCCCACUCCACCUGUUACUACUUCUUUUUGGUUCUUUCUUUUCUUUUUAUUAGGUUAAGUCUCAAUUCUGAAGGGAAAAACCUCAGUUGGCCUCUGCCCCCCUUCCCUGGCCAGGGGCUUCUCCCCCUCAGCUCUCCCUCACACCUCCCUUCAUCCCAGGGUAUCC